GAAUACCACACUUGAAGUUCUUCGAAAUUGGUUUUAUGUUUUCUGUAACCUAAACGAAUGCCACCUGGCGGUUAACGAAAUUGUGGAUCUCGAGUUACCCCCCUUACAUUUUCUUGGAAAUAAUUCAGGAUGUGACUGGUUCCUCUUUAAAUUAUUCUUCUUUGUCGAUGGAAGGAAUUCAGAACCAACAAUGAAUUUUACAGAAAAGCAGAAAACAGGUUGUCGUGAACUACUUAACCAAUUCGAUUAUGAAGUCAUUCUGUCGCUGUCGAACACAGUAACUAGAAAAUCUAUUUCUGUGGUCAGCAGAAAAGAGGCUAUUGAAGCCAUCCUCUCGUUUUCUAUGUCAGCAAAUGAACUUUUGGGCCGACAGAAAAUCACACGAGACUUCUUGAUGCAGUAUCUUUUCAGCCAACGUCUUUCAGUGUCUGGUAAUUCUUCUAAACAGGAAUUAAUUUCUCGAAUUUUAGAAUAUUGGUCUGGAGAAAAGAUUUCUUAUCCUGCAAUUCAAUCCCCAACCAGGGAACACACCCAUUGGGUAACAAAAAACGAAGAAAAGAUAGAGGGUGCUGACCUGGUAGCAUGUAGACUGAAAAGAUUAGUAAGUGAAGAGAACUUGUAUUUCAAUGCCAACGUAACUGGUGGUGUGAUGAGUCAAGCUGAGAGUACUGGUAUUGUGUGUGUAUUGGUUCAUGGGACAGUUCACAAAGGUGAUCAGUGUUUGGGAGUUUUCGAACAGAAAUUUGCUUUGCUCAGGGAUCCUUCAUCAGAAAACAACUGGAAAAUUACUCGUGUUUCGCUAAAAAUUUGUGCCAAACUGUACUAUUAGAAACUUAAGUUUUUGAAAUUCUUCUGGACAUGUAAAAAAAAAAAAACAAAGAAACAAAAACCAUUUUGUUCAUGACUAAAAUUGAUGCAAGGAAAUUAUUCCAAAUUAAAACUAUCCAUUGAGACUGUUGCCAGAUAAGCAGCUUCUUAUAAAUGCUCCAUUGAACAUCAAAUUAAAUGUUUUCUACUUUU